CUCGCCUAAUGUGUCUCUACCUUAAUAAUUCGACCGCAUAACUAGAGAACAACUAUAUAUUGGAACUUUAAUUUCAAAAGGGAAUUGUGGGGCCGAGGAAAAAAUUAMUUUUUCUCGGUUGGGGUCCUUUCUCGCGUCAUAAGUAGUCAGUUUCUGUGGAAAUUGUUGUAAAGGCACCCUGCAUAUUUUUUUUUGCAAUGUGUUCUUGUAUGCAAGACUUUUGCCAUCAAUUAUGUAUGCUGGGGUAUUUACAUUCGGGUCAGUUUGCUCAUGCCAAAUGCGGUGAACACAGACCCCUGUUCUAGCUCAGUUUCACAACUAUCAGACCUCGUUCAAGUCGCUCGGCUGUCUACGGUGAAACCGACAUUGAGAGAGAGUCAACAUUAGCUUGGAUUCUCAUUUACAGUAUUCCUAGCGAUAAAUUUCCCCAUCUAACGGCAGAGAAAAGAAAUAACUUCAAUAGAAGCUCGCGGUCGUGUGUGCCGUGUAUAUUUUGGUUUUACCAAGGAUAACAUCAUUUCAUGUGGGCUCUUCUAGAAGAAUUAUCGCUACACAAGAAGACAUAAAAUAUCUUAUCUUAAAGUGCACUCGAAAAGCAUGGAAAAAAUUGCAGAAUCACAGAGAUGUCGACCUUGUCUACGUCCAAGGACUUAUAAAGUUGUUUUGGUUUGAACAUUUGGAUGAGCACUCGCUYGAGGCAACAUGCAUAAAGCUUAUGCCAGGAAGCUGGGGACUUUUCGAUUGUACACAUCUACAAGGAGAAAAGUACUUUCUUAUGUUAUUCCAUAUUUAGCAAUUMUAAUACUUCUGCUUUGUGGGUAUUGCAUUUACGAAUACUUGAGAAACGGCGCGAACAAAAUAGCGCCGUCCCAGGAAGUUUAUUUCAAAUAUCAAACCGGGCUAUUUCAUAAACGCUCCAUUCUAAACGCAUCUGAAGGCCAAUAUCCUGAAGAUGCUUUUACUGUACAUGAAAGAAGACACGGUGCCGUUUUGCUUCACAUCUUAGGCCUAUGCUACCUAUUUCUUGCCGUGGCACUUGCGUGCGAUGAAUUUUUUGUCCCUUCCUUGGAGGUAAUCAUUGACAGACUUAAAAUAUCGGAGGAUGUGGCUGGCGCUACCUUUAUGGCAGCUGGAGGCAGCGCACCGGAGCUGUUUAUUUCAUUAUUUGGGACAUUUGCCGAUCCAAAGUCUAAUGUUGGUAUCGGUACAAUAGUUGGGUCGGCUGUCUUUAAUGUACUGUUUGUGAUYGGGAUGUGUGCAAUGUUUUCUAAACGAGUCUUAACAYUAACUUGGUGGCCACUAUUCCGAGAUUGUGUAUUCUACAGCAUUGCGAUAUUGUUAUUGAUUGUGUUUUUCCUGGACGGUCUUAUUUGCUGGUGGGAAGCGUUACUUUUAUUUUGUAUGUACCUUUUAUAUGUACUAUUCAUGAAAUUUAAUCAUUCAUUGGAAAGAAUUGUGAAGAGUUUUCUACGAUCAAAUAAAGUUAGUAAAGUGGAUGGUGAAUCUAAUAACCCUGGGGUUAAGACGGAACACUAUCUCGAGAAAGCAAUGGAGUAUUUGAGUACUAACAACAAAAGCACUUCAGAUCAUCCUUGCUUUCAUUAUGGUGCUCUUCAGUUGGUUAUCAAUACAAUUGACCCUCUUUGGGAUGCAUCCAUGGCAGURCGUAUAAAACAUUUGAAACAAAUGUCUACUGAUCCUGCAAAUAACAGCAAAGAGAACACAAUGAAAAACUUAUCAACUGAUGUACAAAGAAAAUCAUCAACACAUUACAACCAAACCUCAAUAAAUGUUAAUAAUGGCACAAUUCAAACAAACUCCAUCCCAGCUAGUAAAUACUGGGAUAUGAGACCUUCUCUGGAACUUUACGUUGACAAAGAUUUAGGUGCAGGCACCUCUUUGAGUGAAGUGACGUCAACAACUGUGGAUAUUUUACCACCUCGCUCCAUGAUUGGUGCAGAAUCCCCCAUACCUGGCAUGUGUGUAGAAAACCACAAUGAAAGAAAAAUCUCAACAGAAUCAAAAAUAUCUCAAACAAUGGUUGCUACGGUGUCAUCACAAAAUGAUUUAGUUCCUGAUGCUGAGGAUAUCGAUGCAAUUGAAGACACUAGACCUAUUGAUCUAAGUUGGCCAGAAGGAUGGAAAGAUCGUUUAGUUUAUAUCGUAAAAGCACCGUUGAUGUUUCCUAUGUAUUGUACAAUGUUUGAUGUUCGGAAACCCGAAAAGGCGAGAUUCUAUCCAUGGACUUUCUUUAUGUCCACUAUUUGGAUUGGCGGGUUUUCGUAUCUUAUGGUUUGGUGGGCUACAGUAGUCGGUGACACUUUCGAAAUUCCAACUUCAAUAAUGGGCCUGACCUUCCUGGCAGCAGGGACAAGUAUUCCUGACCUAAUCACCAGUGUGUUAGUAGCCAGGAAAGGCUUUGGGGACAUGGCUGUGUCCAGUUCCAUUGGCAGCAAUAUGUUUGACAUUACUGUAGGGCUUCCUAUUCCGUGGAUGGCUUUUAUUGGUAGCAAAGCCGGCCAACCAAUUAAUGUUAGAAGUGAUGGCCUGUUCUGUUCUGUCCUUAUGCUCUUUCUAAUGCUUGUUUCUGUCGUCACAACUAUUGCGUUAUCAAAAUGGCGGAUGUCAAAGCUACUAGGGGGGAUUAUGUUUCUUCUUUACAUAAUUUUUAUUGUGCUUUCACUGCUGCUUGAAUUCAAUGUUAUAAGCUGUAUCGAUUUAUCGUGAUAUUCUUGCAAGGGUGCCGCAAACCACAAGAACUAUUACACAUCGAUAAAAUGUUGAAUAMUACUAUAGUAAAUUUUGAACGACUUCCAGAGAACACACGAAUUAAGAUGUAAAAAUAUUUUGGACAACAAAAGAUAUAUACUUGAACUAAAAUACGUCAUUGUAUUAUGUAAAAAAACCUCAGACAAAAAUGAUUUUGUAAGAUAUAUUKAUACUGACAUCAUUAUUCAUACAUAUCCAGACGAUUUUUAGAUCUUUUUUGAUAUUCAGUUAUUUAUAUCUGUGUUUGAUAUUUAAUAUGUAAAGGAAAUUGAAGAAAAAUUGAUUUAGAAAGUUAGAAAUAGACAGGCAUUGCAGCUGUGUUGUCAGUCAGCAGACUGAGCCUCGUGAGACGUCUGCUAUGGAGGCUUGCAACUGUGUGUGUUGAUAAAAUAGUUAUAAGUUUGUGAUAUAAGAUAAUUUAGAUAUUUAUAUAGAAUAUAAACCCUCUCUCAUAAGAGAAACUAAAUCAACAGAUAAUAAAUAAAGUGAAAGGAUUGUAUACAAUA